AUGUCUGGAUUUUUAUUUUCCUGUGUUUUAGUAUAUGUUAUAUACAAGCUAACUGGUCUACUUUGGAGGUUUUUAAUGUACACGGAUCCUGUUAUAAAGUCUCUCUCUAAGCGAAAAGAUCUGAGGGAGGCUGGUGAGUGGGCAAUCGUUACGGGUUCAACUGACGGCAUUGGAAAAGCAUUUGCCGAAGAACUUGCUAGUGAUGGGUUAAAUAUAUUCCUCAUUAGCCGCAAUGCUGAAAAACUUAAUCGUGUCGCUCAGGAUAUCCAACGUGUUUAUAACGUUCAAACUAAGGUAUUUGUAGCUGAUUUCACACAGCAUGACUUUUAUGAAGCCCUCAAAUGUGAAAUCGAAUCCCUUUCCUCGGUUGCUUGUCUUGUAAAUAAUGUCGGAAUGAUUCAAGUUUGCGCUGCCCCUACCGUCAAUUGCGAAUAUUUGAACAUCGAAUUUAUCCUACAAAUGAUUGCUUGUAAUAUCACUUCCAACGCUUGUAUGACUCGUAUUACUAUGCCAAAGAUGUUGCAAAAUGCUAAUCCUAGUCAUCCUCCAUGUAUAAUUAAUAUGUCAUCUGUUUCGGCCAUCUACCCACGUCCUUACAAAUCUCUCUAUGCAGGUUGUAAAUCGUUUGUUCAAAACUUCUCAAAAUCUGUUGGUGCAGAGUCGCGUGGCCUUCUUAAGACUCAGAUUCGAUUUCUCACUCUCACUCCUGGUUUUGUUUGGACUCCAAGUAGAGGCGAAAAGAAGUUGAAUUACUUCAAACCAACUCCUGAAGUUUUUGCCAACUCUGCGUUAAAUAUGAUCGGUGUUUCAUCCGAAUGCUGUGGUUUUAUGCCCCAUGAAUUGAUGGUAUUUGGACUUGGAAUUCUUCCCGGAUUUCUUCGGGACUUCAUAAUCGGCCGAUUUGAAAUGUACCGACAAAACAAAUUUCUAGCUCGUGCCAAGGCAGAUUAA